CCUUUCUCUUUUCUCCCUCCCCUUUUCUCCCCUCCCUCCCUCCCUCCCUCUUCCUUCCUGCUCCUUUCCCGGCGGCGGGGGGAGAGGGGGGGGUCUCCCGGCUUCGUCGGAGGCAGCGAAACGUGAUGGGGAUGGCCGGAUUCUUUUCUUUCCUCCGCCCCGCACUGCGUUGCUUCGCCGGCCGCGCCGCCUUUCCCAGCUGCUGACAGCGCCGGCGGCCCCGCGCUGCCCGCGUCCUGCCGAUCCCCCCCCGGCCCCGCCCCAGGUGAGGGGCGGCUUGUGCUGAGGCAGAAAACGCCAACAAGAAGGAUAACUUGAAACACUCUUGACCCUUUCACUUUGAAUUUCUUGACUGCACUACAAGCAACCAGAAUGUCGGGGGCUUCAGUGAAGGUGGCUGUUCGGGUCCGGCCCUUCAAUUCCCGAGAAACCAGCAAAGAAUCCAAAUGUAUCAUCCAGAUGCAAGGCAACUCAACCAGUAUUAUCAACCCAAAGAAUCCUAAGGAAGCACCAAAGUCCUUCAGCUUCGACUACUCUUAUUGGUCCCACACAUCGCCUGAAGAUCCCUGCUUUGCAUCUCAGAGCCGUGUGUACAAUGAUAUUGGGAAGGAGAUGCUGCUGCAUGCCUUUGAGGGCUACAAUGUAUGCAUAUUUGCCUAUGGACAAACUGGAGCUGGGAAGUCCUACACGAUGAUGGGCAAGCAGGAGGAGAGCCAGGCAGGCAUAAUCCCCCAGCUAUGUGAAGAACUAUUUGAGAAAAUCAAUGACAACAGCAAUGAAGAAAUGUCAUAUUCUGUAGAGGUGAGUUACAUGGAGAUUUACUGUGAGAGAGUCAGAGACUUGUUGAACCCGAAGAACAAAGGGAAUUUGCGAGUGCGAGAACAUCCUCUGCUUGGACCGUAUGUGGAAGAUCUGUCCAAGUUAGCCGUCACGUCUUACACAGACAUUGCAGACCUCAUGGAUGCUGGGAACAAAGCCAGGACUGUGGCAGCUACCAACAUGAAUGAAACCAGCAGCCGCUCUCAUGCUGUGUUUACAAUUGUUUUUACUCAGAAGAAACAUGACACAGAAACUGAUCUUUCCACAGAGAAGGUCAGCAAGAUUAGCCUUGUGGAUCUAGCUGGGAGUGAGCGGGCUGAUUCAACUGGUGCCAAAGGAACUCGAUUAAAGGAAGGAGCAAAUAUAAACAAGUCUCUCACAACUCUGGGCAAAGUUAUUUCAGCAUUGGCUGAAGUGGAUAACUGCACCAACAAGAGUAAAAAAAAGAAGAAGACAGACUUCAUACCGUACAGGGAUUCUGUACUAACAUGGCUUCUUCGAGAAAAUCUAGGUGGUAACUCCAGAACCGCGAUGGUUGCUGCUUUGAGCCCAGCAGACAUAAACUACGAUGAAACUUUGAGCACUUUAAGAUAUGCUGAUCGUGCAAAACAGAUUAAAUGCAAUGCUGUUAUCAAUGAAGAUCCCAAUGCCAAGCUGGUGCGUGAGCUGAAGGAGGAGGUGACAAGGCUUAAGGAUCUCCUGCGUGCUCAAGGGCUGGGAGAUAUUAUUGACAUUGAUCCAAUGGGAGAUGAAUACUCUGGAAGUGGAGGCAAAUAUUUGAAAGAUUUUCAGAACAAUAAACAUAGAUACUUGCUAGCCUCCGAGAAUCAACGUCCUGGCAAUUUUUCCACAGCCUCCAUGGGGUCCCUCACUGCAUCUCCAUCCUCCUGCUCUCUCAGUAGUCAGGUGGGCUUAACAUCUGUGUCCAGUAUACAGGAAAGAAUUAUGUCAACACCUGGAGGAGAAGAGGCAAUUGAACGUUUGAAGGAAUCUGAGAAGAUCAUUGCAGAGCUGAAUGAAACAUGGGAAGAGAAGCUGAGGAAAACUGAGGCCAUUAGGAUGGAAAGGGAGGCAUUGUUGGCAGAAAUGGGAGUUGCCAUUCGGGAAGAUGGAGGAACACUCGGAGUCUUCUCGCCUAAGAAGUUUUUCCCUCAGACGCCCUCAGCUCUUUUUGAUGACUCUUUUGGUGCAUUUUCAGCUGAUCAGAUUUUCACACCAAGGCCUUGUGACUUGUUUGCUGAUUCCAGUGGGGUUUUUUCACCAAAGAAGACGCCUCAUCUUGUAAACCUUAAUGAAGAUCCACUCAUGUCUGAAUGUCUGCUUUACUACAUCAAAGAUGGUAUUACUAGGGUUGGCCAAGCUGAUGCUGAGCGAAGGCAAGACAUUGUAUUGAGUGGGGCUCAUAUCAAAGAAGAACACUGUAUCUUUCGAAGUGAGAGGAACAACAAUGGUGAAGUUAUUGUUACUUUGGAGCCUUGUGAACGAUCAGAAACCUAUGUUAAUGGCAAGAGGGUUGUGCAGCCUGUGCAGUUGCGCUCAGGAAAUCGUAUCAUCAUGGGUAAAAAUCAUGUCUUCAGAUUCAACCAUCCAGAACAAGCACGAGCAGAAAGAGAGAAAACACCGUCAGCUGAGACUCCCUCUGAGCCAGUUGACUGGACAUUUGCUCAGAGGGAGCUUCUGGAGAAGCAGGGCAUUGACAUGAAGCAGGAGAUGGAGAAAAGAUUACAAGAAAUGGAGAUUUUGUAUAAGAAGGAGAAGGAGGAAGCAGAUCUCUUGUUGGAGCAGCAAAGGCUGGACUAUGAGAGUAAACUGCAGGCCUUACAGAAGCAGGUAGAGACACGAUCCUUGGCAGCUGAAACAACAGAGGAGGAAGAAGAAGAAGAAGAAGUGCCCUGGACACGACAUGAAUAUGAACUUGCACAGUGGGCUUUCAGGAAGUGGAAAUUUCACCAGUUUACUUCACUGAGGGACCAACUCUGGGGAAAUGCAGUAUAUCUGAAAGAAGCCAACGCAAUCAGUGUAGAGUUAAAGAAAAAGGUACAGUUUCAAUUUGUGCUGCUGACAGACACCCUCUACUCACCACUGCCACCAGAGCUUUUGCCCACUGAGUUGGAGAAGACCCGGGACAAUAGGCCUUUCCCCCGUACAGUGGUAGCUGUGGAAGUCCAGGAUCUGAAGAAUGGAGCAACGCAUUACUGGUCCUUAGAAAAACUCAAGCAGAGGUUGGACCUGAUGCGUGAGAUGUAUGACAGAGCUGGGGAAAUGGCAUCUAGUGCACAGGAUGAGAGUGAAAGCACGAUGACAGGCAGUGACCCCUUUUACGAUCGCUUUCAUUGGUUCAAGCUUGUUGGAAGCUCCCCCAUAUUCCAUGGCUGCGUGAAUGAGCGUCUUGCUGAUCGCACGCCCUCCCCCACUUUCUCCACGGCUGAUUCUGACAUCACUGAACUGGCUGAUGAACAGCAGGAUGAGAUGGAGGACUUUGAUGAUGAGGCCUUUGUGGAUGACACUGGCUCCGACGUUGGAACUGAGGAGGGAUCAGACCUCUUCAAUGAUGGGCGAGACCCGUUUUACGACCGAUCCCCUUGGUUCAUUUUAGUGGGAAGAGCGUUUGUAUACCUGAGCAAUCUACUGUACCCAGUGCCUCUUAUUCACAGAGUAGCUGUUGUCAGUGAGAAAGGAGAAGUACGAGGAUUUCUGCGAGUAGCAGUGCAAGCUAUAGCAGCUGAUGAGGAAGCCCCAGAUUAUGGAUCUGGUAUUCGACAAUCUGGCACAGCUAAAAUUUCAUUCGACAAUGAAUAUUUUGAUAAGAGUGAUUUUUCUUCAGUUGCGAUGACUCGGUCUGGACUGUCAUUGGAAGAAUUAAGAAUUGUGGAAGGGCAAGGACAGAAUUCAGAGGUUACCACUCCUCCAGAGGAGAUAAACAGAAUGAAUGAGCUAGACUUGAAGUCAGCCACUUUGGAUGGAAAGAUGACUAUGGAAGGAUUCACUGAGGAAAUCGGUGAUCACUUGAAACUGGGUAACGUGUUUACCUUCCGUGUGACAGUGCUACAGGCCAAUGGCAUCCUUCCUGAAUAUGCAGACAUUUUCUGCCAGUUCAACUUUUUACAUCGGCAUGAUGAAGCUUUCUCAACAGAACCUCUCAAAAACAACGGUCGCGGGACUCCCCUUGGUUUUUACCAUGUUCAGAAUAUUGCUGUGGAAGUGACGGAAUCAUUUGUGGAGUACAUCAAAACAAAGCCUAUUGUGUUUGAAGUCUUUGGACAUUAUCAGCAGCAUCCUCUCCAUCUUCAAGGACAGGAUCUCAACAGCCCUCCGCAGCCUUCCCGGAGAUUCUUUCCUCCCCCUAUGCCACUCUCGAAGCCAGACCAUGAAAGAAAAAUUGAGUUGAUUAGGUAUCUUAUGUCUGGCUAUGUAAACGUGCAUGUGCUGAACACACUAUCCGAGCAUGCCAACGUGCUUGCAUCCUCUGCUGUGGCUGCUUUCCAGGAUGGAGCUGACCAGCUGCCACCUUUUCUCUUUCUGCCUAUUCCCAGUUGUCAGAGUGAGCGGGCUCCUAAACGAGAUGUGCCAGCUACAAAGCUAAAUACUAUGAGCAAACCCAGCUUGGGCCAGAGUGUGAGCAAAUAUGAUCUCCUUGUGUGGUUUGAGAUCAGCGAAUUGGAGCCAACGGGGGAGUAUAUUCCUGCUAUUGUGGACCACACUGGAGGCCUGCCCUGUCAGGGGACAUUCCUGCUUCACCAGGGAAUCCAGCGUAGAAUCACAGUCACCAUUAUCCAUGAGAAGGGCAGUGAGUUGCACUGGAAAGAUGUGCGAGAGCUGGUUGUUGGGCGUAUAAGAAAUAAAGCAGAGGUAGAUGAAGCUGCUGUGGAUGCUAUUCUGUCUUUGAAUAUUAUCUCUGCAAAAUACCUGAAGUCCUCUCACAGCUCCAAUAGGCUCUUUCUUGAUAAGGAUAUGCCUAGGACUUUCUAUCGGUUUGAAGCAGUUUGGGAUAGCUCCUUGCAUAACUCCCUUCUCCUCAAUAGAGUGACACCAUAUGGAGAGAAGAUAUAUAUGACACUUUCUGCCUACCUGGAGCUUGACCACUGCAUCCAGCCUGCUGUUAUAACAAAGGAUGUUUGUAUGGUCUUUUAUUCACGAGAUGCCAAGAUCUCCCCACCGCGAUCACUACGCAGUCUCUUUGGCAGUGGCUAUUCCAAAUCUCCAGAUUCCAAUCGAGUAACUGGGAUCUAUGAACUAAGUUUAUGCAAAAUGUCAGACACAGGAAGUCCAGGAAUGCAGAGGAGGAGAAGGAAAGUCCUGGAUACAUCUGUGGCCUAUGUACGAGGAGAGGAGAACCUGGCAGGUUGGAGGCCCAGGGGUGACAGCCUCAUUCUAGAGCAUCAGUGGGAACUGGAGAAACUGGAGCUGCUGCAUGAGGUGGAAAAAACCCGACAUUUCCUUCUGCUUCGUGAAAAGCUUGGUGACAGCAUCCCCAAGUCCCUGAGUGACUCAUUGUCUCCCAGUCUAAGCAGUGGAACCCUCAGUACCUCCACCAGCAUUUCCUCACAAAUUUCAACUACAACAUUUGAGAGUGCUGUGACCCCCAGUGAGAGCAGUGGCUAUGACUCAGCAGAUAUAGAGAGCCUGGUGGAUCGGGAGAAAGAGCUGGCCACCAAGUGUUUGCAGCUUCUUACUCACACUUUCAAUCGGGAAUUUAACCAGGUGUACAACAGCAUCAGUGAUUGUAAGUUGUCAGAUAUUUCUCCAAUUGGGCGGGACCCCUCGGUGUCAAGUUUCAGCAGUGCUACCCUCACACCUUCAUCUACCUGCCCUUCUCUGGUAGAUUCGAGAUGCAAUUCAAUUGAUCAGAAGACACCAGAAGCAAAUUCUCGUGCCUCCAGUCCCUGUCAUGAGGUGGAACAGUUCCAGCUAAUUCCCACGGUGGAAACUUCUUAUCUUGCCAGAGCUGGAAAGAAUGAAUUUCUAAACCUUGUUCCUGAUAUUGAGGAAAUCAGACCAGGCUCUGUGGUCUCAAAGAAAGGAUACCUUCACUUCAAGGAGCCACUCUCCAGCUCCUGGGCCAAGCACUUUGUGGUGGUUCGCCGUCCCUAUGUUUUUAUUUACAACAGUGACAAAGAUCCUGUAGAAAGAGGAAUCAUAAACUUAUCCACAGCUCAGGUGGAAUACAGUGAGGAUCAACAGGCAAUGGUAAAGACACCCAACACAUUUGGUGUAUGCACAAAGCAUCGUGGGGUCCUGCUCCAGGCCAUCAAUGACAAAGACAUGAAUGACUGGUUAUAUGCCUUCAACCCACUUCUUGCUGGCACAAUACGGUCAAAACUGGCUCGAAGACGCACGGGCCAGCUGAAGUACUGAGUCCAUGUAAUGUUCUCAUCUGUUCGCCGUAACUCACCUUCUGAUAGAUAAAGUGUUACCUCUCAUUUUCUCUUUGUGACUCUUGACAGUUUCUCUUGUAUGUAAUCCUGUGGCUUAACAUCCCCUACCUUCCCACACUCCUUCAGCACAUUUUCUAGGUAUUCUAACCCUACCUUGUUUCUUUUCACUUGUACUGAGAAUCGUACUAGUAGCAUGUGGCCAAACAAAAAGAGAAAGGAAAAAAAAAAAAAAAAAAAAAAGAGUGAUUAUGCACGACUCUAAAAACAACAAAAAAAAAAGUUAUUUAUUUUUUCUUAUAACAAUUGUUUUCCCAUUCCAACUGACCUUUUGGUGUCUGUCCCACUGUCCAUUGUUGUCUGUCUAGACUGCUGCAGGUUUUUCAUUCAAUUUGUGACUUGGCAGUAGUCAUUGGUUCCCUCAGGGCAAAGUUCUAAUGCCAGGGAAAGACAAAUUCUUCUAUGUAGACAUUACUCAGCCAGGAACUGCAAUAGCUCCUAAGGCUUUCUGGAUCCAGCCUCUAAUUUAAACUCUGUUGAAAGCUGAUAUUGGACAAAUCUAUCUGGGCAGACUGGAUUUUGGACUUGGUGCAUGUUUUUGAGUUUCCAGGGUCCAACAGGCUAAGGCAUGAGCUGGAAAAAGCUGGGGAAGAAACCAAGAGGGACUGGCUAGAAUAAUCUGGCUUUGAACUCUUGCUGUGGGGUUGCAGGAGAAGAGCGUUUGGCUUUAACUCUUUCCCUAAACAUUAGCACUCACUUCUCUGCCUCUGAACUGAGCUGGAGAGAUGGAACUUGUGCUGAUGUGAGGGGAAAGUAAGCCACAUCGCUGAAAUAUUAGAUAUAAUCCCUAAAGUUUUAGAUGCUCAGCCUCGAAUUUGGCAGACGGAGAGUGUUAAACGGAAAUGGAGCAGUGUGGUUGUUUCCUAGAGCGCUUUCCGGAGAUCACCACUGGAGGGCAGUAUCUCCUCGUUCCCCGUUUAGUCCUGACUUCUGAGUUCCUGUAGCAACAGUUCGCACCUCUCCUGGAAGAGCUUUACGGUUGUCAUUGGUGUGUUAGGAUAGACUGCUCUUUGGCAUCGUUCUGAAAGGCCUGCUUUAUGCAUGCAUCCCUUAUCUGUAACACUCAGAUGACGUCCCAUCUGUUCAUGGGGAGACCAUUCUCUGUCUACAAAAUACUUUCUAGACCUAGCACUUGCAGUAUUCUCCAGGGAACAACAGGACACUUCCACCUCCUUUUGUUGAGCACCUCCUAAUUUCCCUGCUACAUUUUUCAUCAGCUAAAACCCCCUGGUUUUAACUUCAGAAUUAAUCCUUCCUGGAGGAUGGAUCAAGUGGACUCUGGUCCUGAUCAGUGGGGUGUAAUAAUUGUCUUCCUGGAUAUCAACUGGGUGGUGUUAGUUCUUGAUCUACAAAUUAAAUUCUCUUUGUGGCCAAAGUUUUGGUCCUUGCCCUGAGAAAGGAAAGCAGAAUGAAUUUCCUUUCUGAGAAUUGAACUCAUCUUUCUUAGGUUUUCAGGGAGGUUGUGGGGGGGAGUGGUUUGUUUUCUUCUUCUAUGUUUCAGACUGCUGUGCUAUAUUUUCUUAACUUACCUUGGGCACUAAUAGGGCUAGCUGUGAUCCUGGGCUAUGUACAGGAAUUUCAUCCUGAGGUUCCAACCUCUCAAGGGAGAGGUAAAAGGGUUUUGUUCUACUAUUACAGUAGGCACAUCUAGGUACACUCCAGCUCAAGAAGGUCACUUUGUUUCAGCUCUCAUCAGCAGGUCAUGCCAUGCAUUGGAAAUUCUGUGGCCAGAAGUGUACAUGGGACUGGCAUCCGCUGAGCAAGAUUUUAGCUUUAUGGGGUUUUCAUUCUUCAGUGAAGCGCAAUGCACAGUGAGACCUCAAAGAAACAUGGUUGGCAAAGGAGCAGGGAGAUGGAGUCUGACAUUUGCUAGGACAUAUCUUCAUAUAUUUCAAGAUAGUACUCAAGCUAAAUCAUGUGCUCAUGCUAUCUCCUGUGGUCCUCAGAUUUAUUUCAGAACUGGAAACCAGAAUGAGGGAGCAUCCUGGGGACCCAGGAGCAUAAUAGGGAUGGUGUUUGUGUUUUGUUUGUUUCGUUUUUGUUUCUGUUUUGUUUUUGUUUUUUUUUUUCUUCUGGUUUCAUCUUGUUUAAUUGUGUGUGACUCUUCAUACGGUGGUAAUAUUCCUUUGUUACAACAUGGAUGAUAAUGUUCUUCUAGUGUGUGGAGAAGGAAGACUGCUAGUGCUGCGGGAGAGCUCCUCAAACUGAAGUUGAGCUGAUCUCAAGAAUUAGGUUGAUUUCAAGCACUAAGCUGUUGUUGCCAUCACCACCAUUUAUAAUGAAAGUGGAACCAGUUUGAGGAGGUGUAGCGAUUUAGGUAGUAGUAUUUUGUGACACACUGUGAGCAUUUUACUUCUUAUCUGUUACUUUUUUAACUAGAAAAAAAACCUAGUUUGCUAAGUCUUUGCUUUGGAUAAGCCAGAAAAUGAACUAAGGGGUUAUAGGCACUGCAUAGAAACAUGAUUAAGGGAUCUUCCUUUAAAAGCAGGAAGAGACAGAUGCUUAUUUUAUACAGAGCUGGGAGUGUUUUAGCUCUGUUGUGUAAAUGUUACUCUUCCAUCUAAAGAUUCCAAGCAACUUCUGGUGACUUGAUGUCUAUGUGGAUAACAGAUCACCAGAAGAGCAAAAUCAGAUUUUUAAGCAUCAGUAUCUCUUAAAGCUGCAUAAUAUGUGACAAAAUAGAUUCUUGUGUGGAGUUCAAAUGGGCAUUAUUAUUUUCAGGUUUGACAUGAAGGCAUACAGUUACAGUUUUUCACCAAUUAUUGAAGCCUACUUUGAGAAAUCAGUUUCCCUACUUAAAACUGGACUGAAAUAAAUUCAAGUUUUCUUUAAAAGGCUAACAAAUAAUAAAAAAAAAAAAAGUGGAUUUCUAUUCACAUCAAAGCAUUUUUGAUAUAGCCCAACAUGUUAGAAAUUUCUCAUUACAAACAGAGCAAGAAGUGAAAGAUGUGCUAAGCUGCCUUCUCUUUAAAAACCCACUCCUGGUUACCUGCUGAGUGUGUGAAGUCCUGGAGUCAGACAGCUCCUAGGACUCAGCCACUGGAGACGAGGCAUCAUGCUGUGGGCCUGCCAGCCCACUGAGCAUAAGCACUAGUAGUAAACUUGAUAGGCAUUCCUGGGAGAGGAUGAGUGUGAAACUGCGCUGUUGUUGGGGUUUUUUAUGUUCUUUGCUUAAAGGAAGGAGAAAAUUAUCUUUUUUGUCCAUUGAAAACCAUCUUGUUGGUGUUCGAGCUUCCUGGAUAUUUUGAAACUAAGCUAAACCUCCUAUACUGUAUUUUAGAAAUGCACUUUAAGUACCUUUUUAAAGAAGAUUCCUAUAUUCUGGGAUGAAGAAGGGAACGGAAUAUUAUUUCCAGACCACUAAGAAAGGGGCUUUUUUGGUCAGUAUCCAAUAGUCCUUAUUACUGAUUAGCAAGGUAUUUCAAAGCAAAGACUUUACUUUUUGCUGCUUAUUAUCUAAUUUACAGGGAUUUAAUUUUAUGUAAUGUAUUGUAUAUUUAUACAUCUGUAAUUAAUUGCACAUUAGAUAAGAAAGUGGAUUUGGUAUAACGCCCGUUGGUACUAUACAAUCAACUAAUACUGCCUAUGCAUAUGCAUCUUUCUGGUACUCUUGCACAGCCUUAGUUUCUGUUAGUUUAUACUGUGGUGGGUGUUUUUGUUGAAGAUGCAGCCGUUAACCUGCUGCUCAAAGGAAGGAUAAUAAUGCUGCUCUGGAACGGUUUGCUGAAUGUACUUUAAAAUGGGUCUCUAACAUGUGUGCGUUGCAUCUCUCCGUUGUGGUUAAUAACCCCAAUAUGUGGUCUGAACUGUACUGUAUGUAGCAGGACUGUAUUAAUUUUGUGCUUCCUUGUUUAUAAACAUCAGCUGUUCAAGAACAGGAUUGACUUUUUUUGUUCAGAAGGCCAUUUAUGCAUUAUAAGUAUUUGAAAUCAAAACUAGUCCAGCACUAACCAGAUGGUUGUGUCCAAUGUUAUUUGGAACAGUUUUUAAAUCAACAGGAUCAGCUGUGCAUUCAGAAAACUGAGGGUAUGGAGCUCGUAAGUCUUCAGUUCUUAAUGUCACCAAGUUAAUGGCCUGAUCCUGAGCAGUCCUGAACAACCUAUUGCUUGCCUUGAAACCAGGGAUUAGAAGCAGAGGGAGUCUUGAAUGCUCAGCACUUCCCAGGAUCACUUCUUGAUUUUCUACUCUGCUUGUUCAUACUUCAUGUGCAGUUGAUUAAGGUUCUUGAAUUUGGACAUGAAACAUGGUGUUACACUGAUAUACACACUUUCUUUUUUUUAAAUUUCAGUCCCCAUUUCCCUGUUUGAUCGCUCUGUACACAAGGUAUACAAGGUAUAUGCUGUAUAAGUGGCCUUCUUGAACAAAUCUCUUUGCAAACUGAUUUCAUCCCAGCGAAGGAGUGUAUCAGCAACACUGUACAUUAAUUUCAGGUUUUCAUUUUCUGAUUUUAUUUUGUAAAUAUAUCUGAUAUUUGGAGCUUGAGUAUACAAAAUGUAAAUAUAGUUCAUGUAUUUGUACUAAUUCUGAUCCAUUUGCUGUAUAGCCUUAGGUGUGCAAUGCAGAUAUCUAACUGUGUAUGGUAACCUUGCACCACUGAAUUGUUAGUGAACGAGGUGAAACAAUAAAGGUACAACCAGUGCAUUAGCAGA